CUUGAAGCUAAAUUUCUUGCAACUUGCAAGUUGUUGAUCUUUAAGUCAGCUAUCGGGAACAAUGUCUUUAACUUGCGUCUUUAGACGUCCCUCUGCAGGGCUUUUGUCGCCAUCCCCAUCAUCUGCACUGACCAGAAGAAGUGUUUCUACUUCCCCGUACGGUCGCUCGCACGUCUUCAAGCGUCGUUUACCCACUCUGCCCAACCCAGUCGUUCCUCAUUUCCCUCAGCGUGUCAUUCGUGCCGAUGGUUCAUCAUAUAUGCAAUGGACAACAUCACCGCGCUCACGAAUAACUUUGACGCGUGAUACAACAAAUAACCCUCUUUGGAAUGCUACCCAACGUUUGAGCGGAGCGGUCGGCGAGGGUGGUAUAGAAGAUGAAGAGCAGGAGGGUACUGGUCGUUUGGGACGUUUCAGGAGAAGAUUCGGACAGGAAGUUGGUGCGGGAGAGUGGACUGAACUUCAAGAGGGUAUUGAGGCUGAAGUGGAACCUCCACUGAGUAAAAAGCAAAAAGCUGUCCCGAAGAAAUGAGGGCGCCGGUGCCUUGUCUUCCUUGGGCUCUUCAGCUUCUCACUACUUUGUUGCAUGCCUGCGCAUGUCAUUUAUCACUACAUAAUCUCCAUUCAUGCAUAUUCAUAUCAAUCGCGCGUUCAACUAUUCGGGUAUUGAUAUCGAGUACAUCUCGAACAGUACUCCCUUCGUACUCCCGAUGAUUAGGGCUCUCAGUCACGGUUGCAAGACUGGACAUUCUAUGGCAAGAGGAU